AUGGCAAUUACCAGCCCGACAAAAACCAAUGGUACUUGCAUUGUUUUCACCUUCCCGAGCGCGAAUCGACAGCCACUUCGUGUGCCCAGUUUGCUGGUUCCCUUGAAAGCUCCCCAGCAUUCACCGCCAAUCGAGAAAUUUGUUGGUCCACGUAUGCUGAAAAUUCGAAGACACAAAAUGAUAAAGCAUAAGCGUAGGAAACGAUAUGAUCGUGAUUAUUUCAAAUAUCAAAAAUAUCAUCGAAAAAAGAAGGAAAAGGCAGAAAAUUUAUUCCGUGAACGGAUGCAAAAAAUGAUGGACGAGUACAGGACAUUUGAUCCGGAACAGUAUGUUAAGGAUAUCAUUGCACGUGCAAAGCAAGAUGUAACGAAAGAUGUUGCACCGAGUGGCCGACGAAAAUAUCCACAUUGGUCAACUGUAAUAACACUGGAGGAGCUGUACGGAUUACCACCAUCCGAUUACAUCGAUAAAAACGCUGGUUUGCCGGGUGAAGAAGAUCGUGAUAAAAUAAGACAACUGAAAAAAGACUAUGAGGAGAGGUACCGCGGAUUCCUAACUCGAACAAACAGCACUAAUCCAGUGAAAACGAAUUUGAUCUCCGAUAAUUCUCAGGAUUGUGUAGCCGGUGAUAGUAGUGAUAAGUUGUUAAAUGAAGUUGAAAAAGCAGCAGAAGGAGGUGCUAGGCAUGAAACUUCUGGAUCUUUGGAGCCCGGUGAUAAAACAGGAAGCUAG